AUGUUAAACAACAAGAAUUGUACACAAAAUGGAGAGUUAUUGUACGAAGCACACAUGCUGCAAGAAAUUUUGAAGAUAAAUGAGCUACUGACGAAACAGGCUUACUUAAAUAACGAAGAACUUCGUAGUAAUACUAAAGUUUCACCUAAGAAUUGUACUAAAACUUCAAUGAAUCAAGAUAGUCGUUAUGCGAAAAGAUUUAACGACGAAACGCAUGAAACACAUUUCGAAAUGACAUCAAACAGUGUCUUAUCACUGCAAGGAGUAAAUAUUUCUUCAAGCAUAACUGUGAUAAAAAUGCAUUCAAAGACAACGUUAAAGAAGACAGAAUCAAAAAGUAGUAAGUUUUCUGAGGCUGAUGCUUCCUCGAGAAAAAGCCUAACGCCUUCUAAACAUUCUUCGAAUAAAAACAAUGAUGGUUCAAAAUUGAAUGUCGAAAUCGAUGAUGAAUUAGGCAUUCUUGAUUUAUCAAGUCAGAAUAAAUGUGUUAGUUCUACUUUAAAAGGGAAAGGAACUAAAAUUUUGCCGACGAGGACACGAAACGUCGAGGACAGAGAUAUAGGUGUUGCUCCUUUCAGUUGUCCUUUCGAAUUGGUGGAGAUUUACUCGAGCAAUAAGGGAAGAAGUAGCAAGAAUGACUUAUGUCUAGACUUCGUUGACAUAAAUGAUGAGACAAAUUCGACAAGAGUUAUACCAAAGGAAGAUAACUGUGUUAUUAAUUCCACACCGAUUGCAGAUUUUAUGAAAAAUGAUAUAAUGGAAUUUAACGAAGCAAAGGCUUUAGAUAAAGCUCUCAUAUCUACUAUGAAUGAAACUGAAGCCAAUAGCGAUGCAAAUUUGAUUACCAUCUUCGAGGCAAAUGAGAAAAUGUAUACAAAGAGGAAUAUGGAAGAGAUAAAUGGAAAAGUCGAUAUUAAAAGAUCUGAUGCAUCUCGAGAAACACAAAAAUAUAAUAGAAAAGAAUUAGAUGAUUCGUCUAUCUAUGAAAAUGAUAUUGAGAAAUCUAAGUUACAAGAAUCGUGUAUCGGAAUUAAUAAUUCUGAUAUUAUUGAAAACAAACACUUUUUAAAACGUACUGCGCAUGCGAAUAAUAUCGUUUCAACGAACAAAGAUAAAAAUUUAUCAACAACUAGAAAAGGAAACGACUUUAAGGAAUGUCAAAACAUUGAUUUAAUUCCUUGUUUAGCAGAAGCAAUGAAGAAUAACGAUACUCCUCUAAUUAAAAAGAAAUGUUCUUUAAAAUUAGAUGACUUAAUAAAUAAUACAUUAACAAAUGAACAAAAAGAAGAAAUUUUAGCUAUCAAAGACAAUUAUGAGGAAGGGCAUCGAGACGUUGAUUCAAUUUCUUCUCGGGAAUUAAAUAUUAAUAACACUCAAAAUUCCUUCACGAAAAAUAAUUCUUGUACUACUAAAAACACAGAUAUUCUCAAUAUUGAUAAGCAUAAGAUAAUUUCUACCAAAAUAGAAAAAAGUUCCUUGUCUUUAUUCGAAGAAGAGGAUUACGAAAUAAAAUGUCAAAAUGUCGUUAAUUUAAAUAAUUCGCAUCAGUCAAGUGUAUCUGAUAACAAUACAUUUAAUCAAUCUUCCAUCAGAUCCAGUGAAAGUAAAAGUAACAUUUCAGAAACGACCUUCCAAAAUGGAACUGAUGCUUUUAGAAAUUCAAACAGCAUUUUAUCAUUGAGAAAUAUAAAUCAUUUAAUAAAAGGAAAAUCGAGCUAUGAAAAAAAAGAUAUGAAUAUGGAAUCGACGAAUGAUAAGAUCAAGAUAAUCAUUGAAAAACGUGAGAAUAAGGAAAACGAUAUUAACAUGGAUGCAAUUGGAGACAAUAGUAAUCAUUCGUGCAAUGAAAAUAUUCCAUUAUCGAUAAUAAAGAAUAAAAGGGGAGAAAACCAAAAUUCUCGAGAAUUUUGUAACGAUAUUACUAGGCUCAAGAUUCGAGACGUUAGGAAUGGAAUAACUACACGAGAAUCGAUACAAAAUAGUAUUAAUUAUGAAGAUAUAAAUGUGUGUAAAAUGUUGACGAAGAUCCAUGAAGAAUUGACUUGCGAUUGGCACAAAAUGGAACGUCUUCAAAUGAAAUUACAACUCACGGUUACAGUAGAGUCUGUCAACUCGAUGAUGAUGUUACAAUUAUUGGAUAAAACUAUAGCUAGAUGCAAGAGUUACAUUCACGGUUCAAAUGAUUGUUACGAAGCUGAAUUGGAGAUUGCCAAACUUUUGUCAAAAUAUAUCGUUGAGUUGACGAGAAUCGUAAAAGUUAAUAAAGCAACAUUGGAAGACCAAGAACGACGUGUUGACCAAAGACAAUUAGAGUUGCUACAAGGGCACCAUGUUGUCCAGAAGAGAAGUCUCUUGAAUGAGAUAAUUCUGACUUCAAAUUAUUGGGCGAACGAAAUAUCUUGUUUAAUCAAAACUAUUUCAUGUUUGGUGAAAAACGUAAUUGCCGAUAACGAAGAGAAAGAGAACGUUAAAAAUCUAGAAAGGUAUAAGACGAUGCAGCGUCGAAUAGUGAACAGUUUAUCUACUAACGGUACCAAGCAAAAGAGUGGAACCGUUCGAUCACGAAACACGAAACCAGAUCUUGUAAAAAAGGAAAGUACUAUUGAGACUCAAAUGUCAAUGGUUCCAAAUCCCGUUAAUCCCUUGAGACAAUCCAAAUCCAAAAUUCCUACAAAGCCCUUACAUUUUGCAAGAGGUUUGGAAAAGGAUAAGCAUCUAAAUGAAAUAUACACUGUCGAUAAAAAAGUUACCGACAGCUGUCGUUAUUCAGAUCGAGGGAAACUACAAAAAAAAAUGUUGAACAUGAAUUCAAAUCAGUACAAGCAAUCAGUUUCUCGUCAGAAACACCGUGCUCCCUGUAAUCAGCAACCGGUUUGGAGGCCAGGAGGUGCAGCAAAAAUUCCUACUUCGAACAGUGCAAUGACGUUGACUCAUAAAGGACGCCCAGUGAUGCACGUUAAAGAAAAAACAAAUACGGAAAACUCAAGAACAUCUACGCAUAAACGAGGAUUUUCGAUGGACCAUAUUCCUACAAAGAAGAAUCUUAUGAGUGUCGAGAAAACUAUUGAGGAUAAUGGGAAACGAAUGGCGAAAUUAGUCAGUUACAAUACAGAAAAAAAACGUGGACCAGAGGCAAUCGAUUUAAAAAGGAAGCCCUCAUUUGAGAUGAAAGAUAUUACGCCGAGUUCAAAUAUCGAUAAUUUCAAGGUAGAAGGUAAAAGAAGUAACACGAGCUUGAAAGCUAGUCCUAUACCGAAACCAAGACCAAGAAUAUCACAACCUCUGACAAAAACCUACAAUAACUCCUUUUCCCGUAGUUCAGACCACUUGAACACACAAAAUUAUAGAAACACACUAUCGUGUGAUGCUAUUAAUCAAAAAAAUCCGAAAGAAUCAAAAGUUCUGCAAGCACUGGAAGAAAUUAUUAAAAAUACAUCAGAAAAGAAUGAGGACAAAAACCCUGAAAAUUUCACGCAUGAUAAUCAAUUUCAAAAUGAAAUACAUUUUAUUUCCUUUAAAGAACCGCAAGAAUCGAUCACAGUUAAAGAAGAAACAAUGAAAAUCAAUGAAGAAGAGCCUACAAAAGACAUUGUCUCUGAUCAAUGUAAAAAAAGUCAAUUAAAUAUCAGUGAAAACUGUCAGGAAGGUAACAAAGUGAUGGAGAAUUUUUCAGAAAAACAAUCAGUUCCAAUUAUAUCGAAAAAUAGUAUUUCAGUUUUAAAUAUUAAUGUUGGAGAGGGUGUCGGAAAUACUGAAGUAAAUAAAAAUUUUGAAGAUUUUGAGCCAAAGAAUCAUUCCAGCUUUAUUUCUGCAAGUGGAAGUUGUAUUGUGGAUUUUAAUUCGAGUUCUGUUGAUACGAUUAAAUUGGAAGCUUCGAAUUUCGGUGAGACUUCCGUAAAUUCUAUUUCUUCAUCAGUUAAAUCUCAAGAGGACAAUGAAAAAUCUAAGGAGAAUAAUACUUCUCAAAAUUGUGAUCUCGAUUUCAAUGAAAAACAACAGAAAUACACAGAGUCCAAAAUUGUUAAUAAUCUAUCGCUUGUUAAAGGAAAGAAAACAAAAGUUAAUUCUCAUGCAGUGUCAUUGAGUAUGUUAAAAGAAUUUCUUUCUGACCAAGGUAUCGAUGUUGACUUAGUGAACAAAGCUGAAAAGUACUUGAAGGACAAGCAGAAAACGCACAAAUGUUUGAAAAAGAAAUCCAUCAGCUUCGCUGAUAUGCCUUCUGGAAUCGAAUAUGAUCAACAUGUUAAAGCAACUCUGAAAAAAGAAACUUGUUGGAAGCGAAAUUUAGGGACAGAUAUCGAGAAGUCUCAGGUAGUUUCUGAUAACAUUAAAAAGAACUUCAACGAGAUUUCUUUGCAACCUUUACCAAGAAUGAAAGAUAUUUUAAAACGUACAAUUAAAAAUAGUAAUAACGCUUAUUCUCAAACUGGUGUUCCGUGUAAAAUAUCUAAAGGUUUACAAAUUAUUCCUGAGAAUGAUACUUCAACGGUGAUCAAAUCAUUAGGUAUGGAGACGCAAACGGAAAUAGUACAAAGAAAUGUUUGUACGAUGACGGAGUCUCUUCCUGUUCAUGACAGUUCUACGGAAACCGUAAAAAUUUAUUACGUUUGCAAGUCUGUAGCUACUGAACAUGUGAACGAACUUCAUGAGAAAAAUCCACAAUUCCUCGAAAAUAACAAAGACCUUUUUUUAAAGGAUAAUUUCCAUAAAAAUUUCGAAAGCGUUUUUGCGAAGCCAGUUAUAGCAUCUAAUUCCAUCAACACAGAGUCUAAAAAUGUACAAAUGGAUAGAACUGAUAACAAUUCAUCAAAUGGAUGUUCUGGAGUAUUUCUACAAUUGUUAGAUCACAUGCAGAAGGAGUAUGAAAAAUCUUUAAAAUUUAAAGAUGACUUCAUGGAUAAAUUGCAUUUUGACGAAUUAAAAACAUCAUUAAAGACUAACCGUUUGAAUUUAUCUUCUGAAUUUUUAGAAAAUACUUAUUUUACUGACAAUACAAUUAAAGAAGAAGUCCAAUCUCCUAUCAGAGCCGUUUCCAGUGAAAUAUUGGCGGCCAUUCAAGUAACUGCCAUUAGAGCUCAAAACGUGUACAAAGAUAUCGAUAUGUACAAACGAAAAUUGAAGAAGAAUUUGAAGAAACGAAAGAAAGAAACGAAACAUGAAAGAGAGAUUAGUAAAAUUUCUAAAACGUGUAAAGGUGAAUCGAAGAAUAUAUCGAGAAGCAAUAGUAUAAUUAAAAUCAUUAUGCAAAAGACUAACGAUAAAGAAAAUGAUAUUAAUGAUGUGUCAAAAGACAUAUUGCAAGGAGAAGUUACGUCAUUUUUGAGUGAAACUUCUUUCGAUUUCAAGAGAGAAGUGGAUGAAAACAAUUUUAAAUCUAUUGAGACGAUAAGUGUCGUCUCUGAUGUAAUGGAUCGUAAAAAAGUCGAAUUAAAUAUUCCAAAAAAAUCAUUUAGCGUCAGUGUGCUAAGAAAGGCUAGAUCCUUAACAGAAAAUUUUGUAAGUGAAAUUGGUAAAUUUGAAAAAGUCAAGUUUGUACAGAAAAUGUCAGGUAGCAGUAUUCAUAAAUCAAGAUUUUGUAGAAACAAAAAAAGAAAAGCUGUGGCUGUGGAUAGACAAGUUUUAGUUCAAUUCUCAAGGAAUAAUUUAUUGACACUGGUUUAUGCUAUCGUGUGUUCUAUCCUGUGCUGUAUUGUUUUCUGGUGUUUACAGUUAACGAUUACCUGUGACGUUAUCUUCUGA